ACGCUGCGCGAAAAGGUAAAGGAAAAGAGCUAGGCGGGAAAAUGGCGGCGGCGACAGGAGUGGUGCUGCCGCGGCCAGUGACUUUCGUGACGGGAAACGCCAAGAAACUGGAGGAAGUAAAAGCCAUCUUGGGUCAAUCCGUUCCCUUUCAGUCCCUCAAGCUUGACCUGCCUGAACUCCAAGGCGAACCUGAAGAAAUCUCCAAAGAAAAGGCUCGUUUGGCUGCUGUGCAAGUGAAUGGACCAGUGCUAGUGGAAGAUACAUGUCUCUGUUUCAAUGCUCUAAAGGGUCUUCCAGGGCCAUACAUCAAGUGGUUUUUAGAGAAGAUUGGCCGUGAAGGUUUGAAUAACUUGUUGAUGGCAUAUGAAGAUAAAUCAGCUUAUGCUUUAUGUGCAUUUUCUUUUGCUCUUGGGCCCGAUCUUGAACCUAUUACAUUUCUGGGGAAGACACCGGGCAAGAUAGUUCCACCAAGGGGACCAAAUGACUUUGGAUGGGAUCCAAUCUUUCAACCUGAUGGCUAUGAACAAACUUAUGCAGAGAUGCCAAAGGAAGAAAAGAACAAGAUUUCUCAUCGCUUCAAGGCUCUGGCUCUGGUAAAAUCCCACUUUGCUGAAGCUGGAUACAGUUUUAAGACAGAUGGCACCUCUGCCUAAAAAUAAUCUAAAUCUUUAUUGUUGCCGUCCAAAAUAACGAGUCCCAAGUAAUCAAAAACUUUAUUCUUGGGGUCCAAAUUUGUUACAUUUUCUCUAAUUCUAUAAUGAACUGCAUAGAAAAUGACUACUUGAGAGUGGGAUAACAGAAGCUUUUGGAAUAUUUACUUGGGUUUUAUUAUGAAAAUAAAAAUCUAGCUUCAAA